CUCUGCCCCUUCUUUCUCGCUGUUGCUGAAGCUGCCCUAGAUCGAGCUUCCAUUGUCUGAGAAUUCAUCAUCGUCUUCCUUCCUUGUACCCGAAUCGAUAAGAUUAUUAUCUCUUCACUGACAACUUCUCAGGAUUCCAUUUCUUUAAUCCGUUUUCUCUUUGGUUUUUUUUCCUGCUAUUGCCUGGUUAGUAUUGCUCAGCACUUUAGAGCUCUUUUUCUAUUUUAGAAGACUCAUCAUGCCAAAGGAGAGAAGAGAUCGUUCUGCAUCUCAUGAUAGGUAUAGAGCAUCUCCAUUCAGUUGCAGCUCCAGUCGUUCUAGACGAUCUUCACCUAAACUGCCCUUGGGAGGUGAGGAUAAUUUGAGAGAGUGGGAAGAAGUUAGAUGCCCUGUCUGCAUGGAACAUCCUCAUAAUGCAGUUCUUCUCAUAUGUUCAUCCCAUGAAAAGGGUUGCCGUCCUUACAUGUGUGAUACUAGUCGUCGCCACUCAAAUUGCCUAGAUCAAUUCUGCAAGUUGUUUUCAGAAACUUCAACAGUGAUUCCAGUGCAGGCAGACGUGGAGCUCCCAACAGUAAACUCUUCACCAACAUUGGAAUCUGAGCCCGUGGUUGAUGAUACGCCAGAUGGACAAAGUGAGGGGAUUGAACUUGAUGUGCACCCUUCAUCUUGUGAGAAUCAGAUGCAGCCAAAGCUGGUAUGCCCUUUGUGCCGUGGGAAGAUAAAAAAGUGGGUCGUUGAUGAGCAUGCUCGUCAGUUCAUGAAUGCAAAAUCAAGAAGUUGUUCCUGUGAGACAUGUAGCUUCAGUGGAACCUAUACAGAUCUUCGGAAGCAUGCAAGGAAGGAGCAUCCUCUUGUGCGUCCAUCAGAAGUAGACCCCGAACGGCAGCAUAAUUGGAGACGACUUGAGCGGCAAAGGGACCUGGGAGACCUUUUGAGCACACUACAAUCAUCAUUUGGAGAGGAUAGGGUUGAUGAUAGUAUUUUGCCCAUUGAUGAUGGGGGUUGGCUCACAGUUUUUUUCCUUAUUCGAGUUUUUAGACCUGAAUCCAGUAGAAGGAGCAGCAGUUGGUCUAAUGUAUCUAGAGCUAGAGGCCAACCAAGUUUUAGGAGGAGAACAACCAGACUGUGGGGUGAGAGUUACGAUGGAGAAAUAGGUUCAUCUUCCAGAGAUGAUGAUAAUGAUUCAUCAGAUGACGGAUCAGGCCCGUUGAGGCACCAUGAGCGCGUACUGCGACAGACAACUCCAGAUAAUACACCUUGAUACUUAAUGUAUGUGCUUUUGUUUUGAUUCUCAUGCUCUGAGGAUGGUUGGGUAAACAGGUUUGCUCAAUCUGUGUGUGGCACCAGAUAGCAAUUGGUUACUGCUUCUGUUGCCCUUUUAUUCUCCCAGACGGAAAGAAAGAUGGAGGCUAUUCCUUACUGCCUUUUGUCAUGUGUUCCAUUGAUUCUGGAUCGAUUCUGGUUCGAAUCUUGUAAUUUACUGAACCUCGAGUCAUUUAAUGUCUUUAUUUGGCAGCUCUCGUACUCUACAUAUGUUGCUGCAGUUUCAACUUAGUUUCUCUCUCUCUCUAUAUAUAUAUAUAUUCAACUUUCAAUAAAAAUUACUUUGAUUUCUCAGGGGAA